AGCUCCUAAAACGAUAUGCAUGGUUCACCGCGCGAAUUGAUGCUGUUUUGAUCCCAUAAAUCUCCUCAUUAUUUUAGGGCAUGCUGAUCAUUGAAGAUUCUUCUAUUGAUAGAAAAUAUUUUGGCCGGCAGAGGGAAGCAGAUUGGCACACAGAUGAUGUCAGAGAGACCAAGAAAAUAAUAGUAAUUAUAGUUUUACAGGUGGGUGUUGGGAAGUUUAGGUGGAAUACUUGCGGACGUAUGUGGGAAUUAUGACCGGUGGGUGGGCCUGUCUUUUGCUUUGGCGAUCUACUUGAUUGAUUAGCUGGGCACUCAGUGCCGUCCAAGAGUGCGAGUGUGUUGGCAACUAGUGGAACCGAAGUGAUCAGCUGUAGCGAAGUGAGCGAGCGUCGACAGUGAUAAUGGCGAGGAUAACCGCCUGGGCGGACUUGUCCACAUCCACAUGGAACUGGUGGGAGAAACUGAACGAUUCCACUGAAUGGCAAGAUGGCGUUUUCUUCACACUCGCAGGGGCAUAUGCUAUUGUUGCUGCCGUCGCUCUGAUACAACUUAUUCGCAUAGAGCUGCGUGUACCAGAAUAUGGCUGGACAACACAAAAGGUUUUCCAUCUCAUGAAUUUUAUUGUCAAUGGAGUAAGGGCCGUUAUCUUUGGAUUUCAUAAAGAUGUGUUUGCGUUCAAGCCAAGGGUUUUCGCAAUAGUGCUGCUAGAUCUCCCAGGAUUAUUGUUCUUUUCAACAUAUACAUUACUUGUUCUAUUUUGGGCAGAGAUAUACCAUCAAGCAAGAAGCCUUCCCACUGAGAAACUCCGGCCAGCAUAUGGUAUUGUAAAUGGUGUAAUUUAUUUUAUACAGGUGUGCAUUUGGAUAUACCUGUGGAUAGAUGAUAGCAGUGUUGUAGAGGCAAUUGCUAAAUUAUUUGUUGCAGCAAUAUCAUUUUUUGCAGCACUCAGUUUUAUACUCUAUGGAGGAAGGCUUUUCCUGAUGCUGAGGCGGUUUCCAAUUGAGUCAAAAGGUCGCAGGAAAAAGCUUCGUGAGGUUGGCUGUGUUACGGCCAUAUGCUUUACUUGUUUUUUGAUACGGUGCAUAGUGGUUGCAUUAUCUGCUUUUGAUGCAGAUGUUGAUUUAGAUGUAUUGAACCACCCUAUUUUAAAUUUCAUAUACUAUAUGCUGGUAGAGAUUCUUCCAUCAGCAUUGGUUCUUUUCAUCCUUCGUAAAUUGCCGCCCAAAAGAAUGUCUGGUCAGUAUCACCCAAUCCGAUGAAAUACUGCAAAUCUUGGAGCAAAAAUUAUGUUUGGGGCACAAACACCAAGGAUGGAGCUAUCAACCUCCUGGUAGUGAUUGAUGUGGAAUUCAAGCACCAACCGGCUGUUAUUUGUCAUUUGUUUUUGCCAAGUACUAUGGCAAUUUUUAACAUGAUGCUGAAUAGGAGAUUUCAGUAUGAAAUGGAUGGUCUAUGAUUCAAUGUUCAAGUCUCUGGUCUUUUGUGGCUGUGUACGAUAGUAGUUUUUUAGUCAAUUCUUGUGCUAUUUCUAGGAAUUGAUUUUGCAAGGAUAUGUAACGUGGGAGUUGUGAUUUUGAAUUUUUUUUUAGUAUAUUUUACAUAGGUGCAAGGCUCAGGUUAACAUGAUAGCUAAUGCGUGGAACUUAUUCAAAGAGAUAAUCAGCAUAGACGUGACCUACGUGAAAGAAUGUGAGGAGAAACGAAAGUUUUUAAGGAAGCAAAUACUGCAACAUAUUCUUUGAGAAAAUUCAAUGUAAAUUCUUUCCACCUAAGUGGCAUUCCUCUUCUCUUUGUGUGAGCAGUAGACACUGCCAUAAGAAGAAGAUGGUUGAAUUUUUGUACUUAAAUGCCCUGGAAAACCUGCAAUGCUGGUUUGCAUGGCUGGCUUUCUAGUUGUUUUGAAUUUGAACUAAUUAGUUCUCGUGUCCUGGUAUGAAUUUUGAAUAGAUUUCAUAUAUACAUGCAAAGGUUUUUUAUUUUCA